UUGAGCCGUUAAAGAGGUCGAAUAUGCACUUCUAUAAUGCUAAAGGUUCUAUUUAUAAUCUUGUAAUUUAAACUUGCAGAGAGCAUCAUGGAGCCAUACCAUAGGUACCUGCAUACAUACGUUUCUGUAUCGGGCCCACAUUUAGGUUAUCUCUACAGUUCCAAUUCUCUUUUCAAUUCUGGAUUAUGGCUGUUGAAGAAGCUUAAAAACACCCGUUGCAUUCAUCAGCCGACUUUCACUGAUGACAUAGAUCUCGAGAAUACCUUCUUCUACAAUCUAUCCAAGCAAAAGACUUUGGAAAGUUUCAAAAACAUAAUCCUGCUAUCAUCUCCUCAGGUGGCAAUUUCUACUCAUUUACGUGUUUAUUACUUGACUUGGGUUGUGUUUUAGGCCAAUCAG